UGCAGUCGCUUCCAGUUCACGUUGACUCGCAGAGAGGGGGGUCAAAGAUACAUGAAUUCAUAAUCUACCUGCACAAAUACGUGGUCCUCGCUAAAAAAGGGGGAGAAAGUGUUUUAUUUCCCUGGUAAUCCUCGGUUCCCGGAGCGGAGAGAUGUCUGCGGAGGACGCGGACAGAACCAGCGCUGACGCCAGCGCCGGAGACGAGGAGGAGGAAUGGCUGUACGGAGAUGAGUCGGAGAGUAAAGAGGAGGAUGAAGAGGCCAAGCUGAACGCUGCUGUCAGUGGUUCUGCAAAUGCUUUGACGGAAGAUGGUGGUCCUGCGUCUGCUGCAGCACACGCUACCGGGAAUGGAGUCGUCUCUGAGGCCACAGGUGAAGGUACGGGGGAGGACGUGGUCAGCGACUCGGACAGUGAUGAUGACGACGAUGACGUCCACGUUACCAUCGGUGACAUAAAAACCGGAGCACCACAAUACACGACUUAUGGAACCCCUCCGGUGAACCUCAACAUAAAGUCAACAGGCUCCAGACCUUACGGACAAGUAGCAAAGUUGAAGGGAGUUGAUCUGGAUGCACCUGGAAACAUUAAUGGGGUUGGCGUGCUGGAGGUGGACAUGGAGUCCUUUGAGGAGAAACCCUGGAGAAAGCCAGGAGCGGAUCUGUCCGACUACUUCAACUACGGCUUCAACGAGGACACCUGGAAGGCUUACUGUGAGAAACAGAAGAGGCUGCGGAUGGGCCUGGAGGUUUCUACGAUCGGCUCGGUGACGAGCAAAAUCACUGUUCAACAAGGCAGGACGGGUAACGAAAAGGACAUGUGCAACUUGGCUGUCCACACCUCCAAGACAGACUUCACGUCUCCUGUGAACUUGUACAAGACGGUCGUCAGCCAGGUGACCAGUCUAGCUGUACCUGUCCGGGAUGCGCGCACAGAGAUGACGUCAUGGAGGUCAGAGUUGACACCAAACUUUUCUGGGAAGGUGAGCGGCACCAUCGACGUGAUCGGGGGACAGAUGGCCACAAUCAGCCGGGUGGAAGGGCGACGCAGACCCAAUCUAGAGGGCAACAACAUCCAGGUGAUCUCCGAGCACACGACUUCGGACUCGGACCCACCACCUGCUGUUGUUGCUGCCGCGGCUGUUGCCGCUUCUGUCCCGGUGCCGGUUCCAGUCCCGGUCCCCGUCCCCAAGCUUCCCACCUUCUUCCCCCCUGGACCGCUUCCUCCAAAUAUCCCCCCACCUCCAUUUCUCCCUCCCCCACCCAACGUCAGCACAGCGCCUCCACUCAUUCCGCCACCCAGGUUGCCCAUCACUGUCCCUCCUCCUGGGUUUCCUCCUCCAACAAGUGGUCCUCCUCCGUCUAUAAUCCCCACGAUGGACAGGUCAGACACAUGGGACCCCACCCACGUUGGACUCAUGGGGGGCCACCCUGGAGGUUACGAUGGCCGCGGCGUCCCUCCGUAUCCAUUCCCUCAAGGUGCUUACCCUCCACCGCUAGGCGGAGGCGUACCUCCUCCUUGGCCCCCGAUGAUGGAAAACCCCAAGUCCUGGGACUAUUAUCCUCGUCGAGAGGACAAGAGAGACAAGGAGAGAGAACGACCCAGAGAGAGGACACAUGAGCGGGAACGAGAACGAGAGCACAGCCCUACAGCUAUCGGCUACACCAGCGAGGAGGAGCGGUUCCGCGGCUACCGCGAGUACCCGGAGCGCGGCUACGCAGAGCGCCAUCGCGACCGCGCAAGCCGAGAGAAGGAGGAGAGACACAGAGAGAGGCGGCACAGAGAGAAGGAAGAGGGACGCCACAAGUCGUCUCGCAGCAGCAGCAGCCGGAGGAGGCACGACAGCGAGGAGGGCGACAGCCACCGGAGGCACAAACACAAAAAGAGCAAGAGGAGCAAGGAGGGCAAGGAGGCCAGUGAGGACAUGGGUGGAGACCAGGAGAACCAGGAGGCCAUGGAGUAGCAACCCCCUCCCGUCUGUCCUUUCCCCUCUUUCCAUUCUAACCAGAACGGGAGAAAAUGAGCAAGAAACCAGCGUACCUGCAAAUUCAGUUAUUGAUUCAUCGUGUGCGCCCCAUCCCUUCAUCCGGCGGCUGCUCAGCGCCGCCGUCGCUCCAGCACGGACGAAGCGAGAGCUGCUCAUCCUUCUCCUCGUCUCCGUCUCCAUCAGUAGUUCCCGUCGGGCAGAAGAGCGUCCGUCAGCCUCGUGCAUCGACUCCCUCCCCUCAGAGCGGCGCUGUAACAUUUAGAUCACGCUCACAUUUGUUUGUAUAGUCGGGACGAUCGGCCCGCUCUCUUUCUAUUGUUGUUUUGAUGUCCUUUUGGUUCUUGUCACACAUGAAGACAUCUGUGGAACGCGUUGAGUUAAGAAGUUUGAUUAAAAGAAAUCACUU